AGUCCACGCCCUCCAGCCGGGCGCGCUCGACGCGGACGGCGGACAGCGGGCCAGCUGCCGGAGCGCGGCAACUCCAGAGGACCCACAGCUGGGGCGCCAGAGCGCGGCCAUCCAGGCGGGGCCGACGGAGCGCGGCAGGACUUGGCUGGACGGCGCGGCCACGGAGACGGGCGCGGGUACAGCUCUGCGGGGGGGGAAAAAAGUGGUACCAUUUUGGGCGUUCUUGAGCUUCAGAAUGCAACCAGACAUGUCCUUGAAUGUCAUUAAGAUGAAAUCCAGUGACUUCCUGGAGAGUGCAGAACUGGACAGCGGAGGCUUCGGGAAGGUGUCUCUGUGUUUCCACAGAACCCAGGGACUCAUGAUCAUGAAAACAGUGUACAAGGGGCCCAACUGCAUUGAGCACAACGAGGCCCUCUUGGAGGAGGCGAAGAUGAUGAACAGACUGAGACACAGCCGGGUGGUGAAGCUCCUGGGCGUCAUCUUAGAGGAAGGGAAGUACUCCCUGGUGAUGGAGUACAUGGAGAAGGGUAACCUGAUGCACGUGCUGAAAGCCGAGAUGAGUACCCCGCUUUCUGUAAAAGGAAGGAUAAUUGUGGAAAUCAUUGAAGGAAUGUGCUACUUACAUGGAAAAGGCGUGAUACACAAGGACCUGAAGCCUGAAAAUAUCCUUGUUGAUAAUGACUUCCACAUUAAGAUCGCAGACCUCGGCCUUGCCUCCUUCAAGAUGUGGAGCAAACUGAGUAAUGAAGAGCACAAUGAGCUGAGGGAAGUGGACGGCACCUCUAAGAAGAAUGGCGGCACCCUCUACUACAUGGCGCCCGAGCACCUGAAUGAUGUCAACGCAAAGCCCACAGAGAAGUCGGAUGUGUACAGCUUUGCUGUAGUACUCUGGGUGAUAUUUGCAAAUAAGGAGCCAUAUGAAAAUGCUAUCUGUGAGCAGCAGUUGAUAAUGUGCAUAAAAUCUGGGAACAGGCCAGAUGUGGAUGACAUCACUGAGUACUGCCCAAGAGAAAUUAUCAGUCUCAUGAAGCUCUGCUGGGAAGCGAAUCCGGAAGCUCGGCCGACAUUUCCUGGCAUUGAAGAAAAAUUUAGGCCUUUUUAUUUAAGUCAAUUAGAAGAAAGUGUAGAAGAGGACGUGAAGAGUUUAAAGAAAGAGUAUUCAAACGAAAAUGCAGUUGUGAAGAGAAUGCAGUCUCUUCAACUUGAUUGUGUGGCAGUACCUCCAAGCCGGUCAAAUUCAGCCACAGAACAGCCUGGUUCACUGCACAGUUCCCAGGGACUUGGGAUGGGUCCUGUGGAGGAGUCCUGGUUUGCCCCCUCCCUGGAGCACCAGCAAGAAGAGAAUGAGCCCAGCCUGCAGAGUAAACUCCAAGAUGAAGCCAACUACCAUCUUUAUGGCAGCCGCAUGGACAGGCAGACGAAACAGCAGCCCAGACAGAAUGUGGCUUACAACAGAGGGGAGGAAAGGAGACGCAGGGUCUCCCAUGACCCUUUUGCACAGCAAAGACCUUAUGAGAAUUUUCAGAAUACAGAGGGAAAAGGCACUGCUUAUUGCAGUGCAGCCAGUCAUGGUAAUGUAGUGCACCAGCCCUCAGGGCUCACCAGCCAACCUCAAGUACUGUAUCAGAACAAUGGAUUGUAUAGCUCACAUGGCUUUGGAACAAGACCAUUGGAUCCAGGAACAGCAGCUCCCAAAGUUUGGUACAGGCCAUUUCCAAGUCGUAUGCCUAGUCCGUAUAAUAUCCCAGUGCCUGAGACCAACUAUCCAGGAAACACACCCACCAUGCCAUUCAGCUCCUUGCCACCAACAGAGAUGACCCUGCCAAGUACUGAGCUAGUAAAUGAACACGCCGAGUUUUUCCUUGCAAAUUUCAAUGAAUCUAUAAAAUGUACCAUAUACAAUAGUACUGGCAUUCAGAUUGGAGCCUACAAUUAUAUGGAGAUUGGUGGGACGAGUUCAUCACUACUAGACAGCACAAAUACGAACUUCAAAGAAGAGCCAGCUGCUAAGUACCAAGCUAUCUUUGAUAAUACCACUAGUCUGACGGAUAAACACCUGGACCCAAUCAGGGAAAAUCUGGGAAAGCACUGGAAGAACUGUGCCCGUAAACUGGGCUUCACACAAUCUCAGAUUGAUGAAAUUGACCAUGACUAUGAGCGAGAUGGACUAAAAGAAAAGGUUUACCAGAUGCUCCAAAAGUGGGUGAUGAGGGAAGGCAUUAAGGGAGCCACAGUGGGGAAGCUGGCCCAGGCGCUCCACCAGUGUUCCAGGAUCGACCUUCUGAGCAACUUGAUUUACGUCAGCCAGAACUAACCCUGGAUGGGCUACGGCAGCUGAAGUGGACGCCUCACUUAGUGAAUAACCCCAGAAAGUUGGCUGCCUCAGAGCAUUCAGAAUUCUGUCCUCACUGAUAGGGGUUCUGUGUCUGCAGAAAUAUUGUUUCCUGUACUUCAUAGCUGGAGAAUGGGGAAAGAAAUCUGCAGCAAAGGGGUCUCACUCUGUUGCCCAGGCUGGUCUCAAACUUCUGGACUCAAGUGAUCCUCCCGCCUCGGCCUUCGAAAGUGCUGGGAUAUCAGGCAUUGAGCCACUGCGCCCAGCCAACAAUCCGCUCUGAGGAAAGCGUAAGCAGGAAGACCUCUUAAUGGUGUAGCACCAAUAAAAAAAUGACUCCUAAUUGUGUUUGGAAAGGGACAGAAGAGAUGUCUGAGGAAGGUCAUUUUCUUUCAGCUUAUGGCAUUUCCUAGAGUUUUGUUGAAGCAAGAAGAAAAACUCAGAGAAUAUAAAAUCAACUUUUAAAAUUGUGUGCUCUCUUCUUCACGUAGGCUCCUGUUAUAAACAAAGUACAGUAAAAUUCUAAGCCCUGUUCAAAGACUUUUUGGAUCACAACUGCAGCUCACUGCCACAUUACAGGGUCUGUUAACAUUAAUAUCAAAUACUGUAUCAGUCACUAUAGGCUCUAAGAAUCACGUGCAGUCUUCAGUCCAUUAAAUUAUCGAUUAUUUUUUAGUUAAUUGAAUUUAUAUUGAGUUUUCAAAUUAACUGAAUGGAUUUAAAGGGGUACCAAGGAGGGGGGAAACAUCAGAAUUUCCCAGGCAGUUGUUGCAAGGAACUGCUACUAACUGUGACUACAACAAAAAUUCUUGAUUGACUUUUAAAGUUAUUUCCUGGCAUUCUGGUACCUUCACCCAGCCUGGGUGCCCUGGAGAGGGAACAGGAAAUGCUGAUCUCUACCCCUGGGUAAGACCAGAACCUCAGGGCUGAUACUGUUGAGUGGCUUCCUCGGUUUACUCUGUGUACUGUGAAAGUAUUUUCAUAUUUUUUCUGUGUGCCAAAGUGAAAAAGGACAGCUUCUGAGUGUGGUAAUUGUGCCUCUAGCACCCAACCUUUCAAAGCCCACCUGAAACCUGGGGGUGGAUGAAAGAACUAGAAGAGAAGACUGAAGCUGGGUAGGCCGCUCAGUGUCUGCACUGGCACUUUGCUAAACCGACAAGGAAGGCUGUGUGCUUAGCUCUCCUCAGAGGGAGGGCAAGAAGGGUGUGGUGAUGGUCAGUCUGGCUGUCGGAACAGAUUCUGGUGUCUUGGGCUGAUAACAGUGUUGUUGAUUCUGAUUGUGAAUCCCCUCAACUCUAGCAGACACAUACACACCCCUGAAAUGGAGCUGCAGAGCAGGCUGUCUCAGCCUUGCCACUGUCGGCAUCUCGGGCUGGGUAAUUCUCUGUUGUGGGAGACUGUCCUGUGCCUUGUAGGAUGUUUAGCAGCAUCCCUGCCCCCACCUACUAGAUGCCAGGGGCACUGUUCUCCCCACCCCCCGCCCCGCCCCCAGUUGUGACAAUAGUCUGUAAACAUUGUCAAAUGGUCCAAGGAAAGGGAAAAAUUGCCCCGGUUGAGAAGAGCACUGCUGUAAAGUAAUGAGCCUCGGCUCUCCUGUCUGCACCUGUCCGGUUACUACUUGGCCACCACACAGCCUUGGAUCCUACAUCCCAAAAGGGAGAAUGGAGGGAGGCUCCAGGCUUUGCUGGAGGGGCCUGGGUGAGUUCUGUUUGCUCCUUGUACCACCAUCCAAAUGGUGUUCUCAAAUCUCUUAGAUUCCAAAGAGGUUGAAUAAUUAAUGUUAAAAGGCAAGAGGGCAAGGCAUUUUUUAACACAUUUUUUAAAAUGAAAUUUUAUACCACAACUUUAGGCUAUUGAUGUGAUGUGUCACUGGGACAGAUGCGGAUCCUCCAUGGUGCCUCUGCCACUGAGGCCGCAUUUCCUGAGCAUAAUCCCCUUUUACCCUCCUGCUGCCAAGCAGGAGACGGGAUGCUGAUGGUAAGAACACCUCCCUGCCAGUGCAUUUUGGCCCUCAGGAUGAGAGGCCUGCAGCACUGCUGUCCCUGCACCUGGCUCUGGGGCCUUCCCUUCACCCCCACUCUCUCAGCACCAUGGUGAGAAGAACCAAGUUUGCCUGUGAGGAGUUACGUACAAGGCCCAAGCUCCACAAGAACACUGCUGUUAAUGGGCAAAGCCAAGUGAGCAUGACGACACAGACCAGCAAAGGAGAACCGAGACUGUCCACACUUGGUUCGGAAACAAAUAUUCACACCCUAAGUUAUUGCUGGUAAUUGAGACCUACUUCCAGCUCCCACAGUCCUGCUUGGUAGAUUUUCUACUUGUUGCUACAGUCAUCAUCUUUGCUUUGGGUCUGUCACAUGAGGUUAGGGUUUCAGGAAUAAAAUGUUUAAUAAAUCACAAAA